UGAGCCCCUUCCUCUCGGGAGGGAGAGAGGGAGCAGCGUCCCCCAGCAGGGCCCGGGGCCCCUUUGCGGCCGCUCGCCAUGUCCAUCAUGGACCACAGCCCAACCACGGGGGUGGUGACCGUCAUCGUCAUCCUCAUCGCCAUCGCGGCCCUGGGCGCCCUGAUUCUGGGCUGCUGGUGCUACCUGCGCCUCCAGCGGAUCAGCCAGUCGGAGGACGAGGAGAGCAUCGUGGGUGAAGGCGAAACCAAGGAGCCCUUCCUCCUGGUCCAGUACUCUGCGCGGGGGCCUUGCACGGAGAGGAAGCCCAAGCUCAGCCCUGGUGGCCCCAAGGCACACGGCUAGCAGGAUUUGCACCGGCUGCAAAUCCAUGGAUACUGUGAAGGACACGCAGGGCUGCACCUACCACCGUACCCAACGUUUGGCCGCUGGCAGCCAUGCCUGCCAGGGAAGACGACCCUCCUUGCUCUGGGGCAUAUUCUCCGUCACAAGGUCUGUUGCCAGCCAUGGACAGGUGGAGGCCCAGCGUGAACCCCACUCACUCAACCUGCUACUUGAAUUGCCCACUGAGCCCUGAGGAGAUAAUGUGAGCAGCUGCUGUGCCUGGGGAGCCUCUCCAGGAACUGGGAAAGAGCAACCUGCUGGCUGUGUGCCGUGCUUGGAUUUAGGAGACGCUGCAUGACUCCUGCAGGGGUUUCUCCAAAACCAACGGGGGGGGGGGGGGGGGAUGUUGGCCUUGCACCUCGUGUUCCAGGACAGAUCGGUGCUUGCACUGGCAGCUGCAGCUACAAAAUGCUGCAGUUCUGGACGGCUGCUUCGUUGGUGUGCUUUAAUGUGCAGGUGGGACCACCUUCUCUGAGGGCCCUGCCAACGCUGCCCAGGAAUGAAGGCAGUCUGCUCUCCCUGAAGGAAGGGGGGGAGGGUGUCUAGGGGGAGUAGGCAUUUCCGACUGCUGAAAGCAACAGCAGCCCCCCCCCCCCAACAGCCAGUGAUGACGGUUUCCCCUUUGGGGUGCAGUCUGAAGGCGGCUGGGAGUGCAGCAAAGGGGCGGAAAGGCCCCUGAGUAACUGGCCGCUUCCUCCUUGCCUGCGGAUGCACUGCGUUCCGCUCUCCGAGUGGGCUGGGGGCUUUGCUCCUGUUCUUCGAAUGCUCAGUUCCCAGCGAGUGUAUUUUUGUAGCUAAACCCACCCUCUUUGAGGGGCUUCUGGGAAUUCCCGGCCGAGCGCUAGACAGCGUGCUUCUUACCUCCCAACAUCUGCGACCCUAACCCUUUUACUCAGUUCCACUUGUGUUUUUAUGGCCAAAGGGAGACCCCGACACUUGGCAAGGUCCCCCUUCCUUUCUCUCUCUCUGGCUUAAGCGGCACUCUUCCCCCAACUGCAAGGGGGAGCAGCUUAGAAUCCCGCAUUGCAGCCCCUCUGCGGACGGAUGGGCUCUUGCACACCUUUGCCUGGAGCUCCCUCCCCUCUGUUCGUGGCCAGCAGUUUGGUGGCCCCCAACUCCUUCAGUGUUGCUUGCCACAGACAGCCUCUCAUCAACCCCCACCAGCCCCCCCAAGGCUGCUUCAUUCUCCCAGAGCAGGUCAGGCACGGCAGAGGCUCCCCCAGCCAGAAGGGGCAGAGAAGGGGGACCCGGUGGGGCGGAAGCCUUGCUCCCCCCCCCCCCUUAACCGUACAAUCGGCCUUCCUGGAAGUUCUCUAAACAGAAAACUGGGAGGUAACCAGGCUGAGCAUUUUGUGUGUUAGCCCCAACGGAAUAAUAAUCUUGCUUUGUUUAUGGGUGGGGAAAGAGACGCCUCAUAUGGGCACCCUGCAAGUUGUUUAAUUUAGGAUAAACGGAUACAAAAUCUUAUCAAAUUAGUGCAAUUUUAAAGUGCAAAGAACAAUCCCUGCAAUUUGACAAUUUCACAAAUCCCGAGACCUGCCACUCUUGAGUCCAGGACUCUCUUAAAAAACAGCCCCCUCCGGUCCAGCAAAAGGGAGGAGGGGGCUUUCUAG